GUUCGUCUGUGCAUUUUGUUUGAAUCAUAAAAUCCCAGGCCAUUUCCCGCAGAAAACGCCGUUGGUCUUUGCCAAGCAGGACCAGGACAUGAGUGUCCGUGGUAUGCGACCGUGAUAUUUCGUCUGCCAUAGAAGAGCUCUUCAAUCGGGGUAGUGCCAUCUUCUUGUUGUCUGUCUGUAUCGCAUUAAGAAUGGAAGCUCCCAAAACAGGCAAGAUGGCGGCCUUAGAAGAGCCCCUGAGCGAUAUUCUUGGAGAUGCUUCGGACCAAGAAACCCUCCAUUUCAGGAUCAUGGGGCCUCCUCAAUUAGAGCCAGAGACGGAGGAGGCCAUGACGAAACGGAUGAAGAUAUGGGAGCAUGGUCGCCAGAAGCUUCCUUGGAAGACGCAGGUUGACUUUCUCGACUACAUUCACUUCAAAAACCGGUAUUCACCGGACGAUGGUCUGGCCAUUAUCGAGGUUCUGCUCGGCUAUCAGGGCCUCUCGCAAGACAUAUGGCAAGAGACAAAUCAACGCCGGAUGCAAUACUGGGGCAUGCGAGUGCCACGAACUUCUUCGCGCUCCAGAGAGGACGACGACACCUGGAUUCAGCGCGUGAGAAUCCAGUCUCCUCAGCUUCUUCUCCUCCUCUCCCGAUUGACGGGCCACGGUGAUAAGUGGACUAACCUCGGACCUCGAACCUUCUAUCGACCCUUUCUGCCGUUUCACUACUAUCUUCCACAGAUUAAGGAAUGCCUGGAGAUCCUGGAAACACAUUGGUCUGCGGCCGACCAGCGAGGAGCACCCGAUAUUCCCAUUCCUUCCUCGGUGGUGUCCAAAUCCAACAGUAAUCACAAAAAGUCCGAGGGCGAACUUGACCCCGACAAUGACCCUUUCCGGCCGAGAAGUCCCGUCGAAUCGGUUGUCGGGCCUAUUGCGAACUCAGUCACCGCACUGCGUCAUGUUCGCAAGUUCGUUGAAUUCGUGGAGUCUGAGCUUGAGCCUCUUUGGAAGCGCGCGGCAGGGUCUACCCACCGUAAAGUCUCGUUUGCGGACCUGUGGAUGACGUUCCAGCCUGGCGAGCUUGUCUACAUUCCAUCCGCGUCGGAGUCUUCUAUGGGCCAGAUCUGGCCUGAGCCAGCUAACCUGUCACAGAAGAUCUGGAGACUUCAUGUGAUCGUACGCGAUCCGUAUCCAAGCACCGCGCAGUGCGACAUUCCCAUGAACUCCAGCCAGGAGCUGGAUCUCUGGUGCUAUUUUAUCGAUUUUAACGGCGUCUCUUACGAGCCCUUUACGAGACGAUUCAGCAUUAAGGCCUACACGGGUCAGAAAGAUAUCACAUCGCUGCAGGUGUACCCCCUCCGCUUUCUGAAGGAGAGAGAAACGCUGCUUGAUGCACAUCGGGAGCUUGGCCGGUCUUUCCAGGCCGUUCUAGAACAGAAAUACAUGUACUACGAAGGCUGGACUCUCGCCCACGAGCCAACAACUUCGCAGCCGGCGAACGGAGGGGGAUCCGAGCACGUGGACGGCCCAGUCAUGAUCGACUUUGUUGAAGCUCAUAAAUCCGACGAGGCACUUGCCGCCAAGUCGAACAGUACGCUCACCGGAUGGGAAUAUUCGGCUUGGGAUGACAGAGAGGACGAGUACAUGAUCAAGCAUUGGGACGCGCAAGGAAACCAAUUGCAGGGGGAAGUAACUGAAACAUUGCAGACCAGAGAGAUAUUUGCCCCCACCUUCAGUGAUCGAGACUUCGAAACGAACGACUUCCUACGAGCAUUCAAGGGAGGCGAGGUCACCCAGCUUGGAACAGAUGAUUUGGUUCUUCUGCCUCGCCGCCUGGUCGGGUAUACCUUUCACGAACGACGGUUUGUUCGGUUUGAUGUGCAGUGGCUCAGGAAAAUGACCAAGGCUGAGAAUGUCUUCAAGGAUCUCAAAAUUGACGAAGAGCAUAAGGGCAUGGUUCGGGCGCUUGUGAAGGCGCACUUCCAGAACCGGAAGCUGAAUUUGGACCUGAUUCGGGGUAAAGGCUCUGGUCUUGUCAUUCUUCUUCAUGGGGUGCCUGGAGUGGGUAAAACAGCUACAGCUGAAGCUGUCGCACAGGCAAAUAAGAAGCCCUUGUUUGCGAUCACAUGCGGUGAUCUAGGCUUCAAGCCUGAUACUGUCGAGUCCAAUCUCAAGGAAAUCUUCCGUUUGGCACAUCUCUGGGAUUGUGUGUUGCUACUGGAUGAAGCUGAUAUCUUCCUAACCCGUCGGGAUUUGAGCGACUUGAACCGGAACGCUCUGGUAUCAGUCUUUCUCCGAGUUCUUGAAUACUACAGUGGAGUGCUAUUUCUCACCACCAAUCGAGUCGGCAUCCUCGACGAGGCCUUCAAGUCGCGAAUUCACCUGAGCUUGCAUUACAAGCACCUCAGCAGAGAUCAAACACUAGCUAUCUUCGAAAACAACAUCCGCAGGUUACAAAGAGUAAGCGAGGAGACAAAACAACGCGCCAUUGAUUCGGGACUACCUUCGGGACCCACCUUAAAGAUCGAAGAGGAUGGCAUCCUGCACUACGCCAAAUGGCACUUCGAAAACAACCCGAACCAUCGAUGGAACGGCCGACAGAUCCGCAACGCCUUUCAGAUUGCGUAUUCGCUUGCACACUUCAACGUGCAGUCCGGUGAGCCUGGCGGAUGGGGUGAAAUCAUCGAAGAUGACGACGAUUCACCCUCAGAUUCACCCAGUGACGAAGUUGACUCCGAUCGUUCCCCGGCCCAGGACCGAGAGUAUGUGUUGGACUUUCGUCAAUUUCAGCUUAUUGCGAAGACCAUCCGGCGAUUUGACAACUACCUACUGGAAACGACGGGGGAGACGGAAGCGGACCAGGCAUUGCAUAUGACCCUCCGUGCUGACGACUACGACCCGGGCGAGUGGGAAGACGGCCCGGUCUAUAGUCCCCAUCCGCCGCGCCAACGGCAACGUCAAGGGCAUAACUAUUCCCAGCGUGGGUCGCACAGAGGAAAAGCGCAACCCAGAGGUGGAAUGAGCCGACCAGGCCCCGGGCGGAAUACCCAAAGACAACAGGAGUCGGUCCCUGAGUACGAGCCGCCGUCGCAGGAGUAUUUUAGCAGCCAACGGGAAGCUCGACCUAUACCGCGGUCGUCACAGGCAGGAAAGGGCCCGUCGGCACCCUCGCGAUCUUCUGGUAGCCCAUUGUACGCUGACCGGACUCGCACCACUGCAAGACGCGCUCCUGAGCAAAGGUCUCCUGGAUUCAGAACAAACAGGUUUCCCCCCGAGAGAGAGCCUCCGGGUCAUGAGGAAUAUCUUGAUGGCGAGGAGUAUGAAGACGACGCGUAUAAUCCAGAGGACGAUGGAUAUAUCUACGACGAUGGAUACUAGAAGGACUUAUAUAUAGUGGGCCAUUAUGUUGUCUGAUCUCUGGGCUGUCCAAUGGCAUGUGUUUCAUGUCAGCUGGACAGCCCAAGAGUGGGGAUAGUCAAUGGGAAGGAGGAUUGCUAUUAGAUACGUGGAUAACCACUCAAUCAGUGGAUUUUCGGAACUUUUUCCAUGUUUCAAGGAUAUAUAUGAAGCUAUCAAAGUGCCACAUUGUCUAGGUCUCUUGGCCCGAGUCACUAUUAG